CUUUCAUUCAAGACUCUCAUUCAGUCAAGGACAAAAAAAGAAAAGGAUCCCCUUUUUUUUUUUGCUCAUUCCAUUCAGAAGAUGAGCCGAGGAAUGCAUUCAACAACUGAUGCUCCUCCUAUUGCAAUAGGUCGAAUACAACCAUCCGUUAAUACAGUUCUAGAUCUUGCACGAGGGAGUGAACAGCAUAUUGUUCGACUUUAUUAUCUUCCUACGCCCAACACCAAUGGAUUCACAACGACACAUACCAUUGUCUCAUCUUCACUCUCACCUUUACCUUCCUCCUCUUUAACUUUAUCCUCACCUUUAUCUUCUCCAUCUUCUUCACGCGCGAGAAGUAGCAGCAAUGUUUAUCAACCAGACAUGAAGAGAAAUCAUCAUGAUAUAUGGUCAGAACAGGAACACCAUCACCGCCAUCACCAACAACAACAACCACAUCGAAAGCAAUAUCAGAAACACAAGAAGAGAGCCUCCACAUUCUCAUUAACUGAAGGUCCUCGACGACAUUACCGACGCAUCUGGCAUUUGACACGAGUAUCUGAACAUGAACGUGGAAUUGUUCAUUUAGCAAGAAUGCGAAUCUCGACCAUGAUCAUCCCAACCUCUUCACUCCCUUUCCUUUCUCACCUAGUAUCAUUACGCCUACAGGGCAACAUGUUGACAGAGAUUCCUCUUCAAGUCUUUCGUCUUCCUUCCUUGAGAGAACUGGAUGUCUCUCAAAAUUUACUCACAGAGAUCUCCGGAUUGAUUGGCUUAUUGGCCCCUACACUAGAAGACUUGUUCUUACAAUCCAAUCAACUCACCAGUUUACCUCAACAAAUAGGUCGAUUGAAACGAUUGAGGCUUUUGGAUAUUGCGGAUAAUCAACUAGGAUGUAUUCCGGUGGAAAUUCAACGGCUCGUAUCAGGAUCAUUUACUACAGCUGCUACGAAUGCUACGGCCUUUGCUACUACUGUUGCUAUGACAGCCACUAUGCCUGCGACAGUUACUGUUGCCUCCCCACCUGAGACAUUGAAUCAGGCUGAGGGAUCCUCUAGCAAUUCUGGUAAUAUCAGCAAUAGUAACGUCAACAUCGACAAUAGUAGUAAUGGUAGUAGCAACAACUCAACAGAACAUCAGCACCCUCAACCUCAACAUCCUCGUCAGCACCAUCUUCUUUUUCAUCCCCCACUUCCUCGCUUAAGCGGAAAUGCUGCCCCUGCUGCUGUUGCUACUCUCAACCCCAGUGUAUUGCUGGGCGUAUUGAAUGAAGAAGGCGGUCAUGAUGAUGAUGACUAUGUGCAAAUACGCCAAGGAAUGAAGUGUUGGGCGCGAGGAAACCGAUUUUGGCAGGCCAGGACACCCUCUUCAUCUUUUUCUUCCUCUCCAUCCUCUUCUUUUUCCUCAACAGGCUCUUUAAUCAAUGUGAUGCCUUUAUCUCCAAUGAGUGCAAUAUCAUCAGCCGAUACAAAUAGCGCAUCAACAGCAAUAAUACCAACAAUGACAACCAAUCCAAGUUCAAGUCCAAGCCCAAGCCCAAGCCCAAGCCCAAGCCCAACUCCAACCUCAACUUCAACUUCAAUUUCGACCCCAAUUCCAGUAGCUCCAGUAACAACAUUCUCAUCAUCACCUUUAUCGUCAUCACCUUUAUCGUCAUCACCUUUAUCGACACCAUCACCCACCCCUCCAUCUUUUUCAUUAGUUUCUACGUUCCCUUCAUCUCAAGGAUCGAUGCCCACAUUACCGUCCAUGGAGUCGCUUACAAUUUCAUCAAGAAAUAAUAACAAUCCUACCACUUCUACUGCUGCUAGUUCAGCCAAUAGACCGAGCUCAUCAUCAUUUGACUCCAGCGGCAUUAAUCAUAACCAUAACCAUAACCAUAACAACUACAACCACCAUGGUCACUAUCAUCAUUAUCAUCAUUAUCGUCAGCACGUCUAUAUCCAACAUCCUCAACAUGCUCAUCACUCAAUUCAACCACAACCUAAUCAAGCUCAAAACCAUAACCAAAAUCAAUACCAAUAUCAUAACCAACAUCAUGAUCAAAGCCGAAACCAAAGGUGGAGUCAUCAUCAACAUCAGCAUCAACAGGCUCCAGGUCCAGAACAUUUAGUUGACAAGCGUGGGUACAGUAAGGAUAGUUACACCUCCUGUUCAUGGACAUUAAGUCUUGCAGAUAUCUGCUCUCAAAUCGUGGGAGAAAAACUUUAUGAUGAUCCACACUAUUUUUGUGAACCAAAAAGUUGUCCAUUCAAGAAGCAGAAACGGAAACAGAGCCAGAGCCAGAGCCAGAGUCAAAGUAGGAGUAAAAGCAAAAGCAAGAGCAAGAGCAGGAGCAGGAGCAAGAACAAGAACAGGAGUCAGCAGUCUCAACACAAGAGGCAAACCCCUUUAAAUAUGGGUGCGAAGCAAAUAGUUGGAAUGGAUUUGAUUGAAGAAGAAGGAGAUGAUGAUGAUGAUAGCAAUGAUGAUGAUGAUGAUGAUGAUGAUAGCGAUGGCUGUAUGAUCAUGUUGAUGCCGGAAUGGAUGAUGGAACAGCCAGGGUUUGCUCAUUUAUUUGAGCUACGUAAAUCUUUGCUAUUACAGCAACAGCAACAGCAACAGCAACAGCAACAGCAACAGCAAACAAUUUCAGGACAAGAAGAAAAAGUCAAGGACGACGACUGGAUUGAUUUAACUCAUGAGAGCCAAAAUCAGGGUCAAAGCCAAAGAUCUAGCUUUAACCGUCUCGCUUCCUUUGAAGAAAACGAAAACAAAAACAAGAUCAAAAACAAGAAAUCAGGACCUUUAUUGCUGUUAAAUGCUGCGCCACCCUCCAUAUCUCUUACACUUGAGGAAAGAGAGAUGGAAUGUGAAUAUUGUUCAGUUUGUCAGAAACGACUGUAUUUUGCAGGGAUGCGUUGGAAGGGACUUGGAGUGAUGGAUGAGAUGAUCGUACCUUUGGAGUGGAUCGCUUGUUCAGUUCAAUGUAGAGCUCGAGCAGAACAUGGAGAGGGACGGGAUCCUCAUAGCCGUCAACACCAACAGCAGCGUCAACAUCAACAUUAUCAUAAUCAAGAACAACAACAGCAACAACAGCAACAACAGCAGCAACUUGGCAAUCGCAAUUCUAGCCGUAACUCUAAUAGGGUGUCCUAUAAUCCCUCAAAUCUUCCAUCAUACGGUUGUUCUUCCUCCUCCUCGUCAUCUUCUUCGACUAUGACACCAACGAAUCAAGGAAGGACAUCAAGGGCAUCUCGGAGCACUAGUAUGAGCAUAAGUGUCUCAACUCAGCCUUCAUCAAAUGUAGAGUUCCAACAUGGGAAUCACAUGAAGAUUCAUCAAGGGAAUCAGCAAGGCCUAUCGCCUAGAGUCUCUCCUGCUACAGAAUCAGCGACAAGUCCAGUUGUGUCAGUAGAAACAAUGGAUCACCGAUACCGACAGCGGAAUUACUAUCAUUAUCAACAACAGCAGCAACAGCAGCAACAGCAGCAGCAAGAGCAGCAGCAAGAGCAGCAGCAGCGAGAGACACAAUCUCUGACACAGCCACGACCACAGACACAGUUUCAACCAGUAGUGCAACUCAACUCCAACUAUAGAGAAAAUGUACUUUAUGGCUUAAUUAAAUCGCGGACUCUAAGGAGAAGGACUCGGUCCUUAUCUCUUUAA